AUGCUCACCUCCUCUCCCUUAGGUCUGCCACACGCUCAAUCUUCCACCUGCCGGCACGCAAUUGCAGCGACCGAUCUCGUCGGGUGCCACGAGCACCCGGGUGACGUUGCGCCGGCCGAAGAACGCUCUCGAAGCUCGCAGUCCCACACUUGCAAAACCAACCUCCUGGAGGAUACACAUCUUCCACUCGUUCUAGGCGCGUUUCCGCUGUCAGCCCGCAAUUCGGGUCGGAUGCAUGCUUACUCGGAGGUGGUGAAACGCACGCCCAGAGCGCGCAGGCACCCCAUAAUUUGCCAGGGGGAAGGCCUGCCUUCGACUCGAACCGCGGCGUCGACGUCUGGCACCGCCGCCCUCCGACCCUCCGUCCUCGUCGCAACUCAUCAAGCUUUCGAACAUUCCAUCGACCACACCCUCCUGCUUGCAUCGACCGACACCCAGCACCUCGAGGCCUUCUUCCGCCAACCCGCGACUGACAUCCGACGACUUCCGACUUGCUCUGGCGCGGACCUACGCGCUGAUCGCACCCUCGCCAGCUAUCCGACGCGGGGGGAGGUACAUAAGGCGGGAGGUGGGGAGGUUGGCAGGCAGAGCUCGAUGCUCUUCCUUUCCCCCUCGACUGCCUCGACCGCCUCCUCCUCCACUGCUGGCCUGGUCGCCGCCGUCUGCUAUCAGGGUUGUUCAGCUUGGCGUCGUCGGUGGUAUAUAGACCUGCCCAUGCCCUUCGUGUCUGUCCUUACAUCAAUUCUAUCGAUGCGAAUAUAUUGCUACUUUCCCCUAGAUAUUGCUUGCCUGAUUGCGAGCGCGAACGUUGGGUUACGGGCACGGGUCUUACCUGGGCGACGUCCUCGUGCUCAAUCGUUGAGUAAAAUAUCGCGCUGGCUGUCCACACGCGCCCGCGUCUUCUCCCUCGCCGUCAAGCGCAUCCUCGCCUUCCAGCGCCUCCUCUCCCUCAAGCGUAGCCUCUCACUCCAACGCAUCCUCACCAUUCGCGCAGAGCCUCGCCUUCAAGCCCAGCCUCCUCCUCGUCCUCCAGCUAGACCUAUCCCUCAACAUCCCGACCAGAUGACCCUGCAGUCAUCAUUCGCCGUCGCUUCGCCUUCAUUUGUCUACUACGUACUACGGACUACGCAUAUGUCAUCUGCCCUACCCGCCGGCGACGCGCCCGGCCUCCCUGCCCUCCUCCCACCGACUUGCUGA